UAUAAAAAAGGAAAAGUCUGGGGGGAAACGACAGGCUCAUAAUGAUACUGUUUUAGUCUCUUACUAAAUAUUUCAAUACAUUUUCUAAAAAUGUCUAAUUAAUUGUAUAAAUGCAUGUCUUUUUAAUGAAUAGAUGCGGGAUUUAUCCUGUAUAUCACUGAUUAUCAUAAUUCAACCUCCCCGUUAAUGGAGUACAUGGUUUUUCCCUCCCAGAAGCCUCCAGUUUGUAACAACAUGGCGGCACCCGGUAGGCAUAUAGGGCAUUACAUGCAAAGAAAUGGACGACGUAUACUGUUUAAUAUCGAACAGUUAUGGGGAAUCAGGAGUUUUGGUUGGUCACCAGCUGUGCGACAACAAGCUACAGGAAUUGUUAAAGAAUCGACAGAGUCUAUUCUCAUCCCAAGGAAGAAAACAUGGAGCAAAAACACAGUUCUGGAAGCUUUGGCUUCGACUGUCAGCAGGGAUCCCACAGCAUACCCCUAUCAGUUCCAGGAUGAUCCAUACCUGUCUCCCAGGACUUCUGCUGAGUUUAAGCUGUUUUCUCUCUCCCAAGAGUCUGGCAGGUCUGCAGCCAAAUACUUUAUCAACAACAAUCCAAAGUUCUUUACAAAAGACUUUGCAGAGCCUCAUAUACCAUGUUUGAUGCCAGACACCGUGUCAUUGCAUCUGGAAGAGGUGAGUGAGGAAGCACUUAAGGAACGAAUCAACCUGAGGAAAGUAUCAACUGCGGUUGACCUGUUCGAUCAGCUGCUGCAGGCUGGCACAUCAGUCUCCAUGGACACAACCCACGACCUGCUGGACCUCAUUUGUUUCUACUGUGACAGGGAUCCCGUCCAGGAGGGUGAUCCACAAAUGGCGGACGAAGAAGAGGGAGCUGAGGAGGCUAAGAGACGGAAGGGGAGAGUGCGUCGAGCAUCAGACUUUGUGAAGUUUUCCUGGAAAGAAAACAACAAUGCAGAGAGGAUCUUCAACCUGCUGCCAGAAAGAGACGCGCAGUGUUACUCUGCACUGAUCAGAGGCAUGGUGAAGCAUGGAGCCUACAUGAAGGCAUUCAAUAUGUACACGGACAUGCUCAACAAUAGGCUGACAGCUGACGUCCACACAUUCAACGCUCUGAUUUCAGCAGCUCCAGACGUCCGAGAGAAAUACAACGAGCGAUGGGACCUCUUAACUGAGCUGCUGACCCAGAUGAAUCAACAGAAAGUUCGUCCCAACCUGCUGACCUUUAACAGCAUCCUGAAAUCUCUGAGACGCUGUGGCUAUUUGGCUAAAACACAAGCUCUGCACACUUUGAAUGAAAUGAAGGCGCUGGGGAUUGCUCCCAGCUUGGCCAGUUAUGACCACAUCCUGGCAGCAUUUUUCAAAACUGCUGCCUCAGGGCCCAGCAACAGCGACGUUUUACAGGAAGUGAUGACGGAGCUAGAAGGAUCCAGCUUUACCUGCCAGGACCCUAAUGAUGUUUUAUUCUUUUCCAGUGCAAUGAGAAUAUGUCUGGAUAGUAAAGAUCUGGAGCUGGGUUAUAGAGUGCACAGUCUAGUAGAAGUUGGAGAGAACUGGAGGCUGCUGGGAGACUCUUACCAACAGAGUAUUUACUAUGGCCGCUUCUUCAACCUGUUGUGCAUGAUGGAGCAAAUUGAUGUGGUGUUGAAGUGGUACAGACGCAUUAUCCCCUCGUUGUACUACCCAAACCCUCAGGGAAUGAGGGACCUGCUGCAGGCCCUAGACACAGACAGCCGUCUGGACCUGUUGCCCACUAUAUGGAAAGAUAUCAAGACCUUGGGUCACGAUAACAAGUCUGAGCUGGUGGAAGAGCUGCUAGGCUUGAUGGCCAGAGAGAAAUCCAGUCCAGAGGUUCAGGAGUCUUUUGCUGUCUGCGCGAUGGAUGUAAAAAGUGUGAUCGAUGGGAGGCCAAACCAAGAAUGGAGCGCCUCCUCUCUAUCCCACGUCACCACCCUGCUGCUCUGGGCCAACAAGACCCAGCAGGCCUGGAAGAUGCUGCAGCUCUUCAAAGCCAAAAACAGAGUUCCUUCUGAAGAGCUCCUGAACAGCUUCCUGUCAGUGUGUUACAGCAGUGGCAAUUCCCAGAAAGCCGUGGAGCUAGUCCAGCUGUCUGCGGCCUUCUGUCUGCCAACAACUUCAGGGCUGGCACAGCAAACACUGGCGAAGUUUAACCUGACUGAGGAGCAGAGAGCCAUCCUAUCUGAACUGGAGGCUGCAGCAGAGCCCUCAGACUGAACAAUGGGUGCUAAGCUUUUUUAAGUUAAUCUGUCUGUGCUUGCCUUACUUACCUGUACAAUAAAAAAAUAUUUAAA